AUGAAGUUAUCGGCUGCUGAAAAAGUUGUUAGGUCUUGUGUUUCGCGGCUCUGCUUUCUUGGUUAUACGGCUGCAUACAGCGGCAGCAUGCACAGCGGCUUCGCUCACGUCCGCGUCAACAAACACGCCACCAAAGUUAGUAACAUCAACAACAGUGCCCAACUUAAUGGUAUCGAGCGGAACAACAACAUUAACAAUAACAUCAACAUUAUCAACAACAACAACAAUGAUAAUAGUAGCCUCACCAACAACAACGUCAGCCACAAAUUUGUGGAUAAUGAUGAAAAUUUAAAACACGCCCUGAAGCAGAUGGAUGAAUUAAUGGAAGAAACGAUGCUCCUGAACAGCGUGAAGAGGAGGAAAGUUUUGAGGUUGUCAACAUCUUCGCAAGCAUCAGCAACAUCUUUUUCUUCAUCUAAAAAGUGUUCAACAUCAGCGGUUACAACAUCUAGUAAAACAUCGUUGCCAGCAUCAGCAACAUUACCAACAACAGCUGUAACAUUGGAAUUGGAAUCUGGACGAGUUGAAGAAAUACUCAGUCGUCAUGAGGACUCGCUGAUGGAAAUGUUCAAGGAGUUGAAUGAAGAGGAAGAAGAUGUUGAUUAUGAUGACGAAAUAAAUAAAAAGAAUGAAAAUGGUGACGAAGGUGGGUUGAGAUUGUCGACGGUGGAGGAGAGCAUAGGUGAGAAGAUGGAUAAAGAAAAAUUAAUAUACCGUUUGAGGAUGAUAAUAAAUAAGAACGACAUCUCAUACAGAGCUCUUCGCGGAGCUAAACAAAAUGAUGAUGAAGAUGAUGAAGAAGAGGAGGAAGGCGAUGGUGACAGUUAUAACAACUUGAAACAAAAACCUAUGAAGAACCAGCAUGGGAAUAAAAGAGAUUCGACCAGUCAAGAGCAAGUUGCGAAAGAGUUUAACUACAUGGCAAUCACAAACGGCAGUAACAAAAGCAUCAAUAAUUACAACAAACCAAUCUCUAACAACAACAUCAAUGACAACAACAACAACAACAACAACAACAGCAACAACAUGAAUAUGGCUGCAGCAACAACAAAUGUUUCUUUCGUACCUCGUUGUAUGAGUACUGACAACUUACUCUCAAACAGAAUGAAUGAACUCCUCCUCACGUCGCCAUCAUCACCGUUGUCCUCAUCUUCUUCCUAUUUCGAUUGGCUGACCAAUCAGGUGAGGCAAAGAUCGCAAGAAGGUCACGUGGCCAACAAAUCAGGCAACCAACCAAUGAAAGGGCAGUGUUUGAGGGUGCGUUCUUUUCGAAGAUUCAAUGAAAGAGAAGGACUGAUAAGCUUCAUAAGAAGACGAUUCAAUAAGUAA